GCCAGAUCCUUCGCAGCUGCAGAGCUCUCCGUGUUGUAUAUUAUAACGCGGCGACACGUCGCAACGUGACGAUCGACGUAUAAAUAAAUCUCGGCUCGUGCAUAUAUCCGAAAUUACAUUAUCGCUCGGAACGACGCGACGAUCGUUUGAACCUUGACCGAAUGGCAGACGACGAAAUCGGUUCGCCGCUGCACGAAUGUGUAGGUACCUGUGUGCACGACGCAAAGCCAGCCUUGAUCUCUCUCUCUCUCUCUUUCUUUACAAAUCGUUGGUAUAUUCGCUGGUACAGCUCGCUCGGCAAUUGAUUAAUUGCUCCGAUCUGCUCCGAUCAUCGUCAUCGUCGUGCAGCGGCGGACCCCACUCUCGAUGUCGACCUAUCGGCACUUUGUGUGCGUGCGAGCUACUGUCAAAGCUCAAGCUCAAGCGCGCGCCCGUUUACCGCCGCGCCGUGAGUCCAGAUUGACAUUCGCACUGGCCUAGUUCUCCGUCUCUCGACGUCUUUGCGGACUUUGGCGAUCGCUCGGACCUUAACGAAAUCGGCCGAUUGUGCGCGUGUGCCGCCGCCUCUCCCUACCCGCGUGUGUCUGUGCGUGCGUGUGCGCAUCCUCGAGUCUGUGCGUGCCCGCGAAUCGUCACCCGGGCCUGCCCUUCUGGCGUCUUUUGACAUUCGCAACCCCUACUUGGGGCUUCUUCUUCCCUCUUCUCCCUUUACUCGCUCAAUUCCUCUGAUUUUUAUUCAUUACAUAUCUUCGGAUAAUAUCUUCAAGUAUUGCUUUUGUCUCUUGAAGACUGAAGAAAAAACAAGCUUAGCGUUUUAUCACCUGUGCGCGCUCGUGCCUGACCGACUGGAAUACUUACUGCAAUUUUACACCACUAAUAGUUGCAUAAUUUUCAAUAAUUUGGCUUGUUUCGCCGACGUUCGUCGAAUUUCCCGCGUUCAGUCUAAUUUAUCAAUCUUUCGUUUCGCUCGUAGUACAACCAAACGCUCGGAUGAGAAACUUUUCUUUAAUUGAUAAUUGCACGCGAUAUAUUUUUCUCUUUUAUUUUCCUUGGCCUUGCAUUUAACAUCGAACAUCGGCUGAUUGCAGCGUGUUUUCAAAGGAAAAGAGAAAAAGAAAGAGAGAUAUUUUGCAAGUUUGUUAACGAGAGCGAGAAUGCGCCUAAGUCAUCAACAGUCGAUGCGUGCGGCGGAUACGACGAGCCAGCUGAGCGAUGACAUCGAGGUCGAAGGCAUCUGUCCGUCUUGUCGAUUGGCCAUCAACAAGGAUACCGGAAGGCUCAAAUGGUGCAUGGGCGGGAGCGACAUGUGCCGGACGCGAAUACGACUGCUGAUGCUGAUACCGGCCGUCAUACUGCCCGUGGCCAUAAUCAUCAUAGCCUUGUCAAAGUCUCAGGUAAUCGGCAAACUGACGACUCGAGGCGGCGGCGGCGGCAGCCCGACGAAAAUCCAGCCGAGUAACGAAGUGAACGCGUCGCUCGACGAGCCACGGCCGUCCUCGUCGCUGCAGCAUCACUUGAUCCAUGACAUUGAGGAAGCUGCCGAGCUGGCGCAUCGCAGAUUGUCCGCUCUGCAUCCACACGCGGUGACGAGCUUUUUGCCGGCGAGCGCCUCGUUGGAGCGCCACAAAAGGCACGCGAACGAGGGCACGGGAGAAGAAAGCCAAGAGCCACAAAGUAUCAGCGACGCGGAGUCUAGUGCUUCGCCGAAUGAACGGAGACAGAAGCAGCAGCAUCAUCAGCCGCAGCGGGGGCAGCAAAAGAACAUCAUAAUAGCUUCUAGUCGGCCUUCAUCAGCGCCGGGGACUUUGAAAAGCUCGCUGCCUACUGCUGUUGCUGCACGGGAACUGCAAGUAAAUUUCUUACGCUAGAAUAAAGACAAAAAAAGAAUGUGAGAUAGAACACGCGAGCGUUUGCCGCAUUUCUAGGCCUAUAUGUACAGGCAGAUGCGGUUCGCGCGUCUUUCAACUUGCAAUAUACAUCGCUCGUCGAGCACGGCGUGGAAAUGCUAGCGAAUCGUCAAUAGA